CUUUGUCAAAGAAGGUGAGAAGAGAAGGCCGCCAGCUUCAAGGUAGCCGCAGCGGCGGCAUGCAAAACAACUUAGGCGUGUUUGAUGCCGUCUCCAUCAAGGUUGCAAAGGCAAACAUCAGCCAGCAUGCCGUCACGUACACCAUCACGGUGUCCAACAAGGACACCCAUGCCACAGUCACGACAGCCAAGUCCGACGACGACUUCGUGAACCUGCAGCGUCGGAUAUGCAACGCGUUAGAGCGAGGGCAUUCGUGUGAUGCGCUAUGUCCUUGGUUUUUCGUGGAUGUGCAGGGUAAGCUUCCGAAGAAACCGUGGUUCCGCUCUGCGUCCAACGUGCGGGUGGUGGAGGCGCGUUUGCACAGCUACCAAGACUUGAUUGACGUGAUCGUCACGUUCAUCAAUUCCCCGCACAAUCGAUCGUGCUGUCGAGCAAAGGAUCGUGUCCCAGCAGUCUUGUUCGACUUUCUCUUUCACGGUGUGGACUUGGACCCCAGCAUAUUCAAAGUGACGUCGCCCAAGAAUUCACGUCUGUCGUUUACCACCCAACAUCGACCGUCCGAGCCCGACUUGUUUCACUGCUCACUGUGUGAUGACGACGACCUAGAUGCGUGCGCGCGAACCACUUUACCCUGCAGGCAUUCCUUUCACGACGACUGCAUUCUCAAGGUCCUCAACGAGUCGCCACUUUGCCCGCAGUGUGCUGGUGCAUCCCAUCGCACGUUCAGGUAGGUAGCUAGCUAGCUAGCUGGCGCUGUCCAAUCAGGUAUUAGUAGUACUAUCAUAAUAUGGGAGUAUUUCUCAAGAUCGGCCAAAGAGUGGAAAUAAUUCUCACGAUCGUCCCGGUUGACCGUUCCUGAGGUAUUUUUAUUCCAAAUCGUCCAUCACGGCAUGAUUGGCU